UGGUGGGGUCCGGGUAAUUUUAUUCAAAUUUGCUUGAGUGAGCACCGCAUUUAAAAAAUCUGUGAUUUCAGUGCUCAAUCAUGUUCGAAUCAACCGAAAAUUCUGAGUGAUUUCCCGACGGUUUUUCCUUUUUCGGUCGAGAUAGAGUUUGCGGUUUUUUAUCUUCCAGAAGUUGUUCGAGAAAGAAGACUUAAUUGAAGAGGAAUCAUGAAAGUUCCAAUCGCCGUUUUGCUCUUCGUGGGCCACGUCACGGCGACGGUGCUUAUCGCUGAUAACACGAUGUCGAAGAUGCUGGAGUUGACCACGAGGAGGCCUUUUUGUCACGUGCAUACAGACAGAGGCAAAAUCCGCAACAUGCUACUCAGCUCCGACCCCCGCCGAGUCCGCCAGAUCUCCGACGAGUCCAUCUCCAAACUAGUGGAAAUGUGCCAGAACAACCAAGUCCACUCAUCCCACCAAGGCGGCUUCAUCUACCCCGGAACCAAAUGGUGCGGCCCCGGAACCAUCGCCAGGAACUUCACCGACCUGGGCUACCACACCAAAGAGGACAUGUGCUGCAGAGACCACGACAACUGCCCCAACAACCUCCUGCGAGGCGAAUGCAGGCAAGGAAUCUGCAACGACUCGCCCUUCACCAGGUCCCACUGCGACUGUGAUGCCACCUUCAGAAGGUGUUUGCAAAACGUCAACACGGAAAGUGCAAACACCAUCGGCGCCAUUUUCUUCAACAUCGUCCAGGUGAUUUGUUUCAAGGAGAGGAGUCCGUGCUCACAGCUGCAGAGUAAUAACACGUCCAAAGACUAUCCCGACAUCGACGUUCGCUUUCAAGCUGAAGAAAACGGCGACGGCGAAACCAAAACUAGUAUCAACUGUACGCUAGAAUUCGUGGUUUUUGGUCGGUACAUAGGUAGUCGUUUCCCUCGUUUCGACUGGAGGAGCAAACACGAGUUCUUCUUCAACAUAAUACUGAGAAAACUAAGACUGUUGUAGUAUUUUUCCACUUUUUUACUUUUGUAGUAAAUAAAUUUUGACCGAA